CCCAGGACUCAGAGAGGCUCUUGUUCCAGUGGCUUCCCCCAUUAAGCGCUCCAGAUUGGGGCAGGACUCAGUCCAAUAGGGGGUCUCCAACCUGUAGGGACCACAAACCAAAGAUCAGCUCUCCAUUUUAAAAAGAGAAAGGUGGAUUUCUACAUCUACAUUUUUAUACUAUACUUUUAAAAGAUGAUGAGACAAAGGACUUUUUAAAAAAAAAAAGCUUCUCCAUCUAUUUUGAAAUGGAAUAUCUGUCUUUUCUCCACCUUCGAUCUGGACUUUUAAAUUUUUAAUUUGGAAUUUUUUAUUUCUUGUUACUAUUUCCUCCUGGAAGUGCUGUUCUGGUCCCCCUCUGGUUCUUCUCAGACUCUGUGAAGUUCUAAUGGGACGAGUACUCACCAUGACUCUCAAUUAGCCACACUUACCAGACCAUGAUGGCUGGUUAUUGUGCAAUAGUUUUGGGCUAGUGCUCCUCAGUGGGUAGAACCCAAAUUGAGAGCUGGGUGUUUUGGGUGUGUGUGUGUGUGUGUUUUUUCUUAACAGCCUUUAUACUGUAGCUAAGCAAAUAUUCACACAAUACAGCACAACACUUCUCAGUGCCACCUGCUUUUCAUUGUCCCAGACAAUUAAAAGUAAAUCAAAAAUAAAAUGGAUGACCACAGAAACUCUAGCUUUCUUCGCCAUUCCCACCACCCACGAUGGCCACAGUCUAGUGCCGGAAAGAGACGACGAAAAAAACCCUCAAAGCGAAAAGUGAAAAAUCCUGAUGGCUCAUUGUGUCCUGUGUCCUCAACCCCAGUACUAUGCAGCCACAGCUGGUGGGGCAACUGUUUUCUCCUUUCUCUAGUCAUGCUAUCAUACUUGCCCUGUGAGGCCUGGGGCACCACCUUCAAAAUUGCCAUUGUAGGACCGUGGACAUGUGACCCCAUGUUCUCCAAAGCCCUGCCAGAUCUGGCUGCACGGUUAGCCAUGAGCCGAAUAAACAAAGACCCCGACCUCAACAAGGGCUACUGGUAUGAUUACACACUAAUUAAUGAGGAUUGCUCCAGCUCGAAAGCCCUGGCACACUUUGCUGAGCUGGAGGGCUAUGGUUCGGCCUUUCUUGGACCGGCAAACCCUGGCUACUGCACUGCUGCUGCGCUGCUAGCGAAGAAUUGGAACAAGGGUAUCCUGUCCUGGGCUUGUCUGAAGGCUAACAUGGAUGAGGGAAUGUAUUCCACCUUCCUGCGGCCGCUCCCAUUGUCUUCUCGUGUGCUCCUCUCUGUGCUACGCUUUUUCCGCUGGGCACAUGUUGGGAUUAUAACAGCAGAGAACGACAUGUGGGAAGCGGCUGGGCAUGAACUGGCAGCUUCCUUGCGCGCCCUUGGUCUGCCAGUUGGUGUGGUUGUUACCAUGGAAACGGACAAGGAAGGGCCACGGCGAGCCCUAAAGACAAUACGGGAGACCGAUCGAGUGAGGGUUGUCAUCAUGUGCAUGCACUCUGUUCUGAUUGGUGGAGAGGAACAGUAUCAGUUGCUAACCACAGCAAUGGACAUGAGAAUGAUUGACCGAGGGUACAUCUUCAUUCCUUAUGACACCCUUCUGUAUUCACUGCCAUAUAAAAAUGUGAACUAUCCAAUCCUGGCCAAUGACACCAAACUGCGACGAGCAUAUGAUGGGGUCCUGACAAUAACCAUGGACCAAGGGGAACAAAACUUCUAUGAGGCCUUUAGUGCAGCGCAGGAAUCCUACGACAUACGUACCAGCACACCACCCGAAGAGGUUUCUCCAUUCUUUGGGACCAUCUAUAACAUGCUCUAUUAUACAGCCAAGGCCGCAGAGCAGAGCCGAGUUGCUAGUGGAGGGCGCUGGGUAUCGGGUGAUGCACUGGUUAAAAAUGAGGGAGGAUUUGAAUUCAAUGGCUUUAACCAGCGGAUAUCUGCAGGUACAGAUGGAGAAGGAAUGCAGGCCCGCUAUGCUGUCCUUGAUUCAGAUGGCUCUGGGUCCAGCCUACAUCGCACGCACGCCCUGGAAGCAUCGCACACACAUGGGAAAUAUGGAGGGUUGAAGUUCCUGGGGAAAUCGAUUCAUUUUGCUGGAGCGUCUCCAAGAACUGACUCAAACUGUUGGUUCAGUCCUUAUGUCGCUUGUAGUGGAGGCUUAGAUGGAGUGACCAUUUUCUUCCUUUUUCUCUUAUUCUGUGUGUUUUUAAGUGGAGCAAGUGUAUUAUUUCUACAUUUAAGGAAAUAUGGGAUGGGGAUAUUAGGAGCAUUUGGUGGAGGAGGAAAUGGCAGCCCAACUAAGAUAAUACUGACACUGGAUGACUUGGUCUUCAUCAACACCACACUCAGCAGGAGGAAGCUGAAUGAGGAGAGUAUGAAGCUGAAUGAGGAGAGUACGGUGAAGAGUCAACAAGAUGUUAAAACCCCUCGCCACUCAGUUUCAAGACGCAGUUACAUUGCGUCAACUCCUGAAACGUCCAACGUUGCUGUAUUUGAGGGUGACUGGGUCUGGCUGAAGAAAUGCCCCUGUGGAGAUUCAGUUUCAGAAAUCAGUGAAAGCGCUCAGACCAUCUUUAUUAAGCUGAGAGACAUGCGUCAUGAGAAUCUGAACCUGUUUCUGGGUCUGUUCUUGGAUACUGGCAUAUUUGGCAUUGUUACGGAGCAUUGCACCAGAGGCAGCCUGGAAGACCUGCUCAACAACGAGGAAAUGAGACUGGACUGGAUGUUCAAAUCCUCUCUUCUCCUUGACCUGAUCAGGGGGAUGAAGUACUUGCAUAAUCAUGGGAUUAUUCAUGGACGUCUGAAGUCAAGGAACUGUGUGGUAGAUGGUCGCUUUGUUCUGAAAGUUACGGAUUAUGGCUUCAGUGAAAUCCUCAGCUGUCAAAACAUCAUCCUGGAGGACACCAAACCAGAGGAUCAAUUCUGGACAGCUCCAGAGAUCCUGCGGGAUCCCAAACUGAAGAAGAAGGGGACGUAUGCAGCUGAUGUAUAUAGCUUUUCUAUUAUCAUGCAGGAGGUGAUCUCUCGCUGUGCGCCCUUCUGCAUGUUGGAUAUGCCUCCUGAAGAAAUCAUAGAUAAGGUGCGCAGUCCUCCACCGCUGUUCCGACCCUCUGUGUCUGUGGAUGAAGCGCCGCUGGAGGUGAUUCAGAUCAUGAAGCAGGCCUGGAGUGAGGAGCCUGACAAGAGACCCACGUUUGAGGAAAUCUUUAGACAGUUUAAGAAUGUGAACAAGGGAAAGAAGACAAAUAUAAUUGACUCAAUGUUAAGGAUGCUGGAGCAGUACUCCUCAAACCUGGAGGAUCUGAUCCGAGAGAGGACUGAAGAACUAGAGGUUGAGCGUCAGAAAACGGAUGCUCUUCUAGCCCAGAUGCUCCCCAAAUCUGUGGCCUUGGCAUUAAAGACAGGGAAGCCUGUGAAGCCGGAGCACUUUUCAGAAGCCACGCUGUAUUUCAGUGAUAUUGUGGGCUUUACCACCAUCUCUGCUCUGAGUGAACCUAUCGAAGUGGUUGAUCUGCUUAAUGACCUCUACACACUUUUUGAUGGAAUCAUUGCAAUCCACGAUGUCUACAAGGUGGAGACUAUUGGAGAUGCGUACAUGGUGGCAUCAGGGGUUCCAAACCGUAACGGUAACCGUCACGCAGCAGAAAUGGCCAACAUGUCUCUGGACAUUCUUCACUGCAUCGGAACAUUUCAGAUGAGGCACAUGCCUGACGUCAAAGUCAAAAUCCGCAUUGGACUUCAUUCUGGUCCAGUGGUAGCAGGUGUAGUUGGGUUGAAGAUGCCUCGAUACUGUCUGUUCGGGGACACAGUAAACACAGCCUCCCGAAUGGAAUCCACAGGGUUGCCUUACAGAAUUCAUGUCAACCAGAGUACUGUUGAUGUCCUGAACAGCCUCAAACUUGGCUACAAAAUAGAUGUUAGGGGCAGGACAGAGCUCAAGGGUAAAGGUGUAGAGGAAACAUACUGGUUGGUUGGGAGAGAUGGAUUCAAUAAGCCAUUACCUGUACCGCCAGACCUUACUCCUGGGGCGAGCAACCAUGGUAUCUGCUUGGAUGAGAUUCCGAUGGACAGGCGGCAGAAAUUCCUGGAUCGACAAAAGAGGAUGGGGAAUUGAGGUUGUGAUGCACGUUUCUGAACCAGUCUAUCAAAUUUAGGAGGAAGUGGGGCAAGGAGAUGAAAGGGGUGAACUGAGAAGUUCAACCCCUCUACUACCCUUUUCUACUUGAUUCAUUCCUAAAAAGAGUGGAGACGCUCACUAGGACAUCUGACAAGAAGCAAAAACACUUGACCUCUGAAUGCCAGUCCAUCAAAACCAUCAGCUAAACAAGAUGACAUACAGCUGCUUUGGAUGGUCACAGAGGACUUUUUAAAAACUGUAUAUAGUUUAUACUGCAGUUCAUCCAAUACCAAAUUAAAGACAGUGCUGAGAUAACAAUUCAUCUCUGCAGUUAUGCGAUCGCUCCAGUUAUUCCACUGCUGCAGAGAGAUUUAUUUUUCUUUAUUUCAACAUUUUUAAAACAAAAACAAUCAAAACAAAACUGAUGGAGCUUAUUUCUAAUGACACCUGACUAUUUAGUUAUAAUUCAGUGGAAAUAACACCAAUAAUAUCCAUGUAUUGAAAUGAUUUAAAAUACUGUGUUAAUUUUUUUUUCUAGGAAUGUCAGGCUUUAAAAACUAGGUGUUAGUUCAAAAAAGAAUUUCUUCACAUUCUUCACAUUUUCUUUUUGCAAAUGCUUGCAUUCAGUUUAAUUUCAUGUGGCACUGUUUGGCCUUUCUGGAAAUUGAAAAGCAUUCAGAGCAGUUUUCACGGCCACCUCUUUGAAGUUCAAGGUUAUAUGGCAGAAAAUGAUUUGGUCUCAUUGGUCAAUUGUCCUCUUUGAGUUAAGAAAAGAGAUACAUUGAAAAGGAAACUCGUGUGCUGAGAUUCGAAUAAUCUUUUUUAUAAUAGCAUGGCACCUGAUCCUGAUAUUCAACACAUUCCAUGCAUAAUAUUCUGAUGUCAAAACCUGCUGAUAUCAAAAGUACUGACAUGCAGUCUAUUAUUACCAUAGAAAAAACAUGAGAUUAAUCCUCAGCACUACUUUGCCUGCUCAUGCACUCAGUAAAUGUAUGUGCCCCCUAAAAGGGGUAUUAUGCUUCAUGACAGAGGGAAUUUUAAAUGUGUGGUAUGGAUAUCGUCAUUAAGAUAGGAGGGUUCUGGCGCCUGUGGUUGUCCAGGAUGACGUUUCAGUCACCUGAUAAACCACAAUCUAUGGAGCUACAGUCAUAGCAGGAUGUAGCUGAAUUUCAAUUGCAAUCUCAGCAUUUUAUCUUGUUGUCUGUGUAACUGUGUAAAUAAAAGCUGGUUUUAGUGAG